GAGCGGCCGGCCCGGGCUGGGCCUCGGCGUCUCCGCGGGCAGGCAUUCCUGCUUUUGGGAAGCUGCCCUUGCGGUUGAUGAGUGUCAGCUUCAGUCCUGCACUGCUGUUCUGGCUGCUCCCCUUGUUCGUGAGGGGCUCUGGUUCAGUCCUGUGCUGCUGACCAGAAGUUCCCUGCUGGUGGCUGGGCUGUGGUUAGUGCUGAAUUUACAGACCAUUUUCAGUAGGUCAUAAAGCUGAGCAUGCUGCAGAUGGCUUGUAGGUAGUUAAAUAUGGAGUAAUGGCUCAACAAUGGACAAAAAAAAAGUUUACUCUGUAAAGAACCGAUGGCUCCGGCUCUGACCCCGGCGAGGCGCGGCCCGCGCCAAGAGCCCGAGCGGCGGGUGCCCCGCGGAGGCGCCGGGGCCCGGGCGCGGCCGGGGCGGGGAGAGGCCCGAGCGCGGGGCGGCGGCUCCUCCCCCGCCACACCCGGGGCCGCAGGAAGAGGAACGGCCGCGCCCGCUCCCGGCCCGGCCCAGCGCAGCGCCAUGGCGGCGGAGGAGGCGGACGGGCUGCCCAUGUCCCGGCCCCACUAUGGCUCUGUCUUGGAUAACGAGAGAUUGACAGCAGAGGAAAUGGAUGAAAGACGGCGCCAGAACGUAGCCUAUGAAUACCUCUGUCAUCUGGAGGAAGCAAAGAGAUGGAUGGAGGCCUGUCUGAAUGAAGAGCUGCCUCCUACAACAGAGCUGGAAGAAGGAUUGAGAAAUGGAGUCUACCUGGCCAAACUUGGAAACUUCUUCUCCCCUAAAGUGGUUUCUGUGAAGAAAAUCUAUGAUAGGGAACAGACUCGAUACAAGGCAACUGGGCUCCACUUCCGGCACACGGAUAAUGUAAUCCAGUGGCUGAAUGCCAUGGCUGAGAUUGGUCUCCCCAAGAUAUUCUACCCAGAAACGACAGAUAUCUACGACCGCAAGAACAUGCCACGCUGCAUUUAUUGUAUCCAUGCACUCAGCCUGUACCUGUUCAAACUGGGUCUUGCUCCCCAGAUUCAAGAUUUAUAUGGGAAGGUGGACUUCACAGAGGAGGAAAUCAGUAAUAUGAGGCUUGAACUGGAGAAAUAUGGUAUUCAGAUGCCUGCCUUCAGCAAGAUUGGAGGAAUUCUUGCAAAUGAACUCUCUGUGGAUGAAGCAGCAUUACAUGCUGCUGUCAUUGCCAUUAAUGAAGCAAUCGACCAUCAGGUUCCAUCUGACACUCUUAUGGCAAUGAAGAACCCUAAUGCUAUGCUAAUAAAUCUUGAUGAUCAGUUGGAAUCCACUUACCAAGACACACUCUACAGAGCAAAGCAAGACAAGAUGGAGAAUGCUAAAAAUAGGAUUGCCUCAGAAGAUUUGGAGAGAGAGAGGGAUGUGUAUGAAGAACUCCUGACUCAAGCUGAGAUUCAGGGAAAUAUCAAUAAAGUGAACACACACGCAGCCAUAUCAAGGUUUCACCUUGCUUUGGAACGAGGAGAUGCACUAGCAGUGUAUGAAGCUUUGGCAACACCAGCCCUGGGACUCCGAGGAUUGCUGCGAGAAAACUGUGACUGGUAUUUCAAGCAGUUUUCAAGUGACAGGCAACAGAAACAGGAGGCUGGCCUUACAGGUCCUCUGCAGAAGGAAGAGUUGCAGUUGGGAGUGGAUGCUGCUAACAGGGCAGCACAACAGUAUCAGCAAAGACUGGCAGCAGUAGCCAAGAUUAAUUCUGCAAUUCGAGUGGGUGAUGCUGAGAAAACUGUGGCAGAAAUGAUGAAUCCAGAGGCCCAGUUACCUGAGGUUUAUGCAUUUGCUGCCGAUCUUUACCAAAAGGAGCUGGCGACCUUGCAGCAGCAGAGCCCUGAAGGUAACCUCACCCAUCCAGAAUUAUCUGUUGCUGUAGAGAUGCUGUCUUCUGUGGCCUUGAUUAAUAGAGCUUUGGAUUCUGGGGAUGUGAAUACAGUGUGGAAACAGCUGAGCAGUCCUGUCACAGGGCUUACAAACAUUGAGGAUGAGAACUCUCAGAGAUACAUCGAUGAUUUGAUGAAGCUGAAAGCUCAAACACGUGCAGAAGGAAAUGAGUUUAUCACAUGGAAUGAUAUCCAGUCGUGUGUUGAUCGUGUGAACAUAGUUGUGCAUGAAGAACAUGAAAGGAUUUUGGCAAUUGGUGUUAUCAAUGAAGCUCUGGAUGAAGGGGACACCAGGAAGACUAUUCAAGCCUUACAGAUUCCUGCAGCAAAACUGGAGGGUGUAGCCCCCAAGGUAGCACAGCACUACCAGGAUACACUACUUCGAGCCAAGAGAGAGAAAGCACAGGACACACAGGAUGAAACAGCUGUACUUUGGCUAGAUGAAAUUCAGGAUGGGAUUCAUAGGGCUAACAAAGACACAGAGGAGGCCGAGAGAUUCUCCUUAGGAAUUCUGGCCAUUAAUGAAGCUGUAGACCGUGGUGAUGUUGGGCAGACCCUGAGUGCCCUGCGUUCACCUGAUGUUGGGCUGUACGGAGUCACUCCAGAAUGUGCUGAGGCCUACCAGCGAGAGCUGUCGGAGGCAAAGAGAGGAAAAAGGGCAGCAGGGAGCAACGGCAGUGAAUGGGUCAAGCACUGGGUGAGAGGAGGCUACCAUUAUUACCAUAACCUGCGGACCAGAGAGGGAGGAUGGGAUGAACCAGCAGAAUUUGUGCAAAAUGACACACAGCUGUCUCGGGAGGAGAUACAGAGCACCAUCUCAGGGGUGACUGCAGCCUACAACCGCGAGCAGCUCUGGCUGGCCAACGAGAACCUGAUCACCAAGCUGCAGGCUUGCUGUCGGGGGUAUCUUGUUCGCCAGGAAUUCAACUCAAGAAUGAAUUUUUUGAAGAAGCAAGUCCCAGCAAUCACUUGCAUUCAGUCCCAGUGGCGUGGCUACAAGCAGAGGAAGGCAUAUCAGAUCCGCUUGGAUUACCUGCGAGCACAAAAGGACCAAGUAGUAAAGAUUCAAUCAAUGACCAGGAUGUAUCAAGCCAGAAGACGUUACAGAGAUCGCCUGCAGUAUUUCAGAAACCACAUAAGUGAUGUUAUAAAAAUUCAAGCCUUUAUUCGAGCAAACAAGGCUCGAGAAGACUACAAAACUCUCAUUAAUGCUGAAAACCCACCUAUGGCUGUGGUUCGGAAAUUUGUCCACUUGCUCGAUCAGAGUGACCAAGAUUUUCAGGAGGAGCUUGAGCUAAUGAAACUGCGUGAGGAAGUUGUAACCUUGAUCCGAUCCAAUCAGCAACUGGAAAAUGACCUCAAUCUCAUGGACAUAAAAAUUGGGCUGCUAGUGAAAAACAAAAUUACAUUGCAGGAUGUUGUUUCUCAUAGCAAAAAACUUACCAAGAAGAACAAGGAACAGCUCUCUGAUAUGAUGAUGCUGAACAAGCAAAGGGGAGGUUUGAAGGCUUUGAGCAAAGAGAAGAGAGAAAAGCUGGAAGCCUAUCAGCAUCUCUUCUACUUACUUCAGACUAACCCAACCUACUUGGCCAAGCUGAUAUUUCAGAUGCCUCAAAACAAAUCCACGAAGUUCAUGGACUCUGUCAUCUUCACACUCUAUAACUAUGCAUCCAAUCAAAGAGAGGAAUACCUAUUGUUGCGGCUUUUCCAAACAGCGUUGCAGGAAGAGAUCAAAUCAAAAGUAGACCAAAUACAUGAAAUUGUGACUGGGAAUCCUACUGUUAUUAAAAUGGUGGUAAGUUUCAACCGUGGUGCCCGUGGUCAGAAUGCUCUAAGGCAGAUUCUGGCACCAGUUGUGAAGGAAAUCAUCGAUGACAAAUCACUUAAUAUCAAAACUGAUCCCGUGGAUAUUUACAAGUCUUGGGUUAACCAGAUGGAGUCUCAAACUGGUGAGGCCAGCAAACUGCCAUACGAUGUUACACCUGAACAAGCUCUAAAUCAUGAAGAGGUGAGGACGCGCCUGGAUGGCUCAAUCAGAAACAUGAGGACAGUGACAGACAAGUUCCUGUCUGCCAUUGUUAGUUCAGUGGACAAAAUCCCUUAUGGAAUGCGUUUCAUUGCCAAGGUACUAAAAGACUCCCUGCAUGACAAGUUUCCUGAUGCUGGUGAGGAUGAGCUGCUGAAGAUUGUUGGCAACUUACUCUAUUAUCGCUACAUGAAUCCGGCCAUUGUGGCACCAGAUGCCUUUGACAUCAUUGAUCUCUCGGCGGGAGGGCAGCUGAGCACGGACCAGCGCAGGAACCUGGGCUCCAUCGCCAAGAUGCUGCAGCACGCGGCCUCCAGCAAGAUGUUCAUGGGAGACAACGCACACCUCAGCAUCAUCAACGAGUACCUGUCGCAGUCCUACCAGAAGUUCAGACGUUUUUUUCAGGCUGCCUGUGAGGUUCCUGAAUUGCAGGAUAAAUUUAAUAUUGAUGAAUAUUCUGACUUGGUGACUCUCACUAAGCCAGUUAUUUAUAUUUCUAUUGGUGAAAUCAUCAAUACACACACUUUGCUCUUAGACCAUCAAGAUGCAAUUGCUCCUGAGCACAACGAUCCAAUUCAUGAGCUGCUGGAUGAUCUUGGAGAGGUUCCUACAAUUGAGUCCUUAAUAGGAGAAGGGUCUGGCAAUGUUAAUGACCCCAACAGGGAAAUGCUAGCAAAGACUGAGGUUUCUCUCACACUCACUAAUAAAUUUGAUGUUCCUGGUGAUGAGAAUGCAGAGAUGGAUGCAAGGACAAUUCUUUUGAACACAAAACGUUUGAUUGUUGAUGUAAUCCGCUUCCAACCAGGGGAGACACUGACUGAAAUCUUGGAAACUCCAGCUACCUCAGAGCAAGAAACAGAGCAUCAAAGAGCUAUGCAGAAACGGGCCAUUCGUGAUGCUAAAACUCCUGAUAAGAUGAAAAAAUCUUUGUCUGUAAAGGAAGAUGGCAACUUAAAUCUUCAAGAAAAGAAAGAUAAAAUCCAGACAGGCCUGAAGAAGUUGACAGAACUGGGGACAGUGAAUGCAAGCAAUAAAUACCAGGAACUAAUCAAUGACAUUGCCAAGGAUAUCCGGAAUCAGCGCAGGUACCGGCAGAGAAGAAAGGCAGAGCUGGUGAAGCUGCAGCAGACAUACAGUGCUUUGAACUCCAAAUCUACUUUUUAUGGGGAACAAGUGGAUUAUUACAAAAGCUACAUCAAAACCUGCUUGGAUAACCUGGCCAGCAAGGGCAAGGUCUCUAAGAAACCUCGGGAGAUGAAAGGCAAAAACAGUAAGAAGAUUUCUCUAAAAUAUACAGCAGCUCGACUUCAUGAGAAGGGAGUGCUUUUAGAGAUUGAGGACCUGCAAGGUAACCAGUUCAAAAACGUGAUAUUUGAAAUCAGUCCAACAGAAGAAGUAGGAGAUUUCGAGGUAAAAGCAAAAUUCAUGGGGGUACAGAUGGAAACCUUUAUGUUACAUUAUCAGGAUCUUUUGCAGCUGCAGUACGAAGGCGUUGCAGUCAUGAAGUUGUUUGACAGAGCAAAAGUGAAUGUCAACCUUUUAAUCUUUCUUCUGAAUAAGAAAUUUUAUGGAAAAUAACCAGCCUCUGCCAGCAAGUCUCUGAAAGGGGAGAUGAAUAGAUACCUGCACAUACAACUUCUAAUGACAUAGCUAUGUAUCAGUAUAUGCCCCUGCUGUGCUAAAAUAUAUCAAAUGUAUCAUGAAGGAGGACUAAGAACCUCUUGUGAAUUGACAGCCCUGAUUGAGUCUGCAGGGAGUUGGUUUAUUUAUAAUCUUUAUCUUCAACUUUGAAGGUUCUCUGAAAAGCAGUUAAUUUAGAAUGUAUUUUUAUAUGGCGCUGGGGUUUAAACUAAUAUUAGAGUAUGCUUAGGGCAUCUGGAUGCUUUAUUUGCCUAAUUGUGUGCUUCGUGAAGCUUGAAUUCUUGUUAACCUGUGUGGAGAGAAAGAUGGCACUGUACAGCAGUCAGUUUGCAUCUUUCUGAAAGCAGAAAAGGGUUGCAGAUUGUAUUCGGACUCCAAUUAUUCUCUGACAGCAAUGACCAAAAUAAAAAAUGGACAAGGUCCAGGUUACCCGUUUGUUUGCAAGCUUGUGGUCGUGGCGGCAAUGGUUGAUUCCCAAAAGAGAACCUCUGUGGUCUUGGGGAAUCAGUAGGUGUCCUAAUGGUUGCUGAACUAUUCAUGAUUAUGUGCUAUAGCCACAUAGAGAAGCUUUAGUGUCUCUUUUUUUCUUGAUUUGUUACUGUUUAUCACGCUGUAAUAAUUUAGAUGUCCCCUUAAGUAGAGGGACUGUGGAAUGUAUUUACUAGUGCUUACAAAUUGAAAAAGCCUUUUGGGGAAGGGGAGGGAAACUUUAAAAAUUUCUUGAGACAUAUUAACUUUUAUUGUUGCUUGCAAAGCAUUUGAAAUGUAAAAAACAUUUUUUUCCAGUUUAGAGCAGUGUUCUAUAUAUAUAUCUGAUACAAUGAAUGUUAGGCUCUACCUGCAGACUUGUCAAAGGAAGAAGACUAUCUUAACUUGUAAAAAGUUAAAUUUUUCUAGCUAUACUUAAGUACCCGUUUCUUUUACUACUUUAUUGGGGCUUUUUCACCAUGGUUUUGGUGCUGGUUGUUCUGCUAUAUCCAAUAAAAAUGCAGAGACUCUUCAAAAAAAAAUCUGACCUUAAAAUUCAUCAGUUGCUCCAGCUCUCCUGCUUAAUGUUUUUCUUUUUAAAAAAUGGACAUAUAUCUUAAUUGCAAAUAUCAAGUUAUUCACAGGUCAUUUGUGGUGUUCUAUGACCAAGUGAAGGGUCUAGAGAACAAGUCUUAGGAGGAGUGGCUGAGGGAACUGGCUGUGUUCAGCCUGGAGAAAAGGAGGCCGAGGGGAGACCUCAUUUUCUGCAACUGCCUGAGAGGAGGUUGGAGUGAGGAGGUUGGUCCAUUCCCCGGGGUAACAAGCAAUAGAACGAGAGAGAAUGGUCUCAAGGUGCCCAGAGGAGGUUUAGUUUGGAUAUUACAAACAAUUUCUUCCCCAAAGCAUUGCCAGGCCCUGGCCCAGGCUGCCCAGGGCAGGGGUGGAGUCCCCAUCCCUGGAGGGAUUUCAAAGACAUGUAGAUGUGGUGCUGAGGGACAUGGGCCAGUGGUGGCCUUGGCAGGGCUGGGGGAAUGGUUGGACUGGAUGAUCUUAAAGGUCUUUUCCAACCAAAACAAAUCUAUUAUUCUAUUUUAGCUGAGCAACAGUAUGGAAUCAUGGAGGCUUUUUGUCUUUUUUUUAAUUAAAGGAAAAGUUCUAUUAAAAGAUAAAAUCUCUGCACUUAAUUAUAUGAAUUUUAUAAUUAUGGUUUAGUUUUGCUUACUCCAUUAACAACACUGUAGUUACCAAGGAGCAGCUACAUUAUAAAGUGUGUCCUCUUUCUUUCCUGGUAAAAUUUGCCUCUGCAGCUCACACCUAAGUAAGAAGUCCUUUGUCCCCAUGGGUGUUGUGUGAACUGACUGCAGGCAGCAGCCACGAACACGCUGGGCCCUGGGCACAGUGUUGCAGCAGCAGGCACUGCUACCCAUGAGCAGGGUGGCAAGGUUUUGUUAGCUGGAGCAAGGGUUGGGUAGGGGUGGGUUCUCUGAGGAGACACCAGGAGUUGCCACCAUGUUGAACACAGCCAGUUUGAGCUCCAGGAGAGAUGAGCUAUUAGUCAAAGCUGAGCCCACCAGCAACAUGGUAGUGCCUGUCAUGACAUAUUUAAGAAGGGCUAAAAAGUGCUUUGCAGAAGCUGUUGUAGAGAAAAUGUGAGUGUGAAACAGCCCUGCAGACAUCAAGGUCAGUGAAGGAGGUGCUCCAGGCAACAGAGAAGAGAUUCCUCUGCAGCUUGUGGUGAAGACCAUGGUGAUGCAGGUUGUCCCCCUAGAGCCUAUGGAGGUCCACAGUGGAGCAGAAACCCACCUGCAGCCUGUGAAUCUGACCCCACAGAUGAGCCUGAAGGAAGCUGUGAUCUGGUGGAGAGCCUGUGCUAGAGCAGGUUUCUUGGAAGCACCUGUGGCCCUGUGGGAGGGACCUCACACUGGAGGAGAAGGAGGUGAGCAAGAAGGAACAGUAGACACAGGAUGAACAGACCGCACGCAGCUCCUGUACCCUGUCUCCCUGCACUGGCUGGGGGUGGAGAGAGGUCGGGAAUGAAGAUGAGCCCAGGAUAAAAGAGGCAUGGGGGAAGGUGUUUUUUAGAUUUGUGGUUAUUUCUCACUAUGCCACUCUGAUUUUUAUUGAUAAUAAAUUAAUUUCCCCAAGUUGAAUCUGGUUUGUCUCUGACAGUAACUGAUGAGUGAUACUGUUGUUCUUGCCCGAUAACCCUUUAUGUUGUAUUUUCUGCACAGGUCUCUUGAGGAGGGGCAGAGAUAGAAUGGCUUGGUGAGCAGCAGUUGCCAGCUGAAGUUAGACACACCAGUUUCCUAUGAGGCUCUCUGUUCCUUCUUUUUUGUGUGUGUUUUUUGUUGUUUGUUUUAUUUGGCUUGGUUUUUUGUUGUUGGUUGUUUGAUUGCUUUUUUGUUUGUUUGGUGGUUUUUUUCGUUAUUGCCUACAUUUAUUAUACCUCAUUGCUUUUGAAAGUUUCUUUCUAGCUCUCCAUCCCUGCUUCCCUCACUUUGGAAAAUUCCCAGCCCUCCCUGCUGAAAUAGCCUGACAGAUCUUAGUGGCCUAUUCAAUGUACACAAAAGUGCCCUAGUUAGGUCUAAAACUUGAAAUAGCAGGAAUAAAUAGUUACAUCUUGAAGAUGUGAAUUGAAACUAAGCCAAUUAGGCAAGAAUAAAAACGGCACAAAGGAGGGAGGCAUUUGAUUUGCUUUACUUUCUGUGUAUAGUAUGCACAUGGACCAGAUCAAAGAUAAAAGACUAAUUUCUACCCGGCAGGCUGAUCUGGACAUGUGGUGCUGUACUGUCUGAAAGACUGUGCCAGUGAAACAGCUGGUCAUUAUUUGGCAGAUCUUUCUUCUUCACAGUGACAUCCUUAGAGUGAUCUGAUGAGGCAAAGCUAAACUGUGUCUGUCGCCUGUUAAAAACAUGUCCCGGGAAGGAAAACUGCAGCAGGUAUCUCUAUAAGUAUCAUUCAGUCCUAAAUUCCAGGGUUUUUUGUUCUGUUUUGGUUUUGUUUGUUUGUUUUUUAACCAGAACUCCUGAUCCAUCAUUAGCAUCUCAACGGAUGGAUUCCUGGAAGAUGCCUGCAGUAUCGGCAGUAUCAGACUCGUAACUGCCCCAUACAUGGUCUUUCCCCAAACCCAAGAAGUUUACUGCACAGCCAGAUUUAUCAGGAAAACACAGAUAAGUUGACUUGCAGCCUGAGUGCACCCCAGGGGGGUUGUUCUGAGAGGCCUGAAAGAAUUCGGGCAAGGUGUGGCUGUCUCACUACUAAAAAAUACCUUUGUUUUACUUCUAGGAGAGAAAUCUCAACAUAGAAUCACAAGUAGGUGAUAAGGGCAGCAAGAGCUGUGGCUCUUUUUUUGAGGACAGCCCAACAAUGCUCUCAGAAAUUACAGAUGCAGGAGCCCCUGGCAAAUGGUUUAAAUGACAAAGAGGAUACAUCAAGAAAUCUUCAACUGUUCUUUUCUUUCUUAGAGUAACAGCUCUCCAAGUAUUUCAAGUCCUUUUGCUCAGAUCAAUAAGGCCCGCAGGGAGAACCUGUUGAGGCUGCUGGGUUCUUCAAUGUCCUAAACCGGGAGCAUAAACACUGCAGAAAUCUGCACUUCCAGUGUUCCCUUUUUCAGGGACAGAGAAAAGGACAUGUCUGGUCAUCAGUGCAUGAGGUGAACAGCUGGACCCUCUGGUCCCAGUCACCAACAGCCAGUUGUGUUUUCUCCUCACUUGUGGAAACUAAAAAAGUGAAACCAAGCUGGGUUUUUUUUUGUGGUGGUGGUGUUAAUUUGGUUUAUUGAAUUUUUUGUUCGUUUGUGGUUUUUUUAAUGCACAUCAGCUAUGGCUCACUCUGAUGAUCUUUAGUUGGCAAAGUUUCACUGAAGUCCAUAAAAAGUCAAAUAAUACAAGGAAGUCUCCAAAUACAGAUCCAUUGCCUUACUCCAGGGAGGUUCUUUUCCUGUUUUGCGGAAAUGUUUUCCUAUAGAUGUUCCUGACCUGUCUUGGGGGCACUGGACAAGGAGAUUGGACCUGUCACAUCUCAGGGGUAUUUCAUUUUACCCGAGCUGAUGGCAGAUCCUGUGUCCCCGAGUGUUUCACCCAGGACCUACAGAAAUCCACUUCUUGCUUCUGGGGGAGGAUUGGGGGAACCGGUGGGGAGCCAGGAUUUCCAUCUGAGCUUUAACCCCCACAGAGCCAGUGCCCAGAGCUGCUGUGAUAAAGGAGGUUUGCAAGGCAAAGGUCUGUCCACAGCUAACAUCAUGUAAAUGCUUCCCUUGGCAGUGGAGGGCAAUUCCAUCACCAGACACUGACUCCAGAGCACUUGGAACUCUCCUUCCCUCUCCAAUAUAAAAAUCAGAAGGGGGAAUCUGUGCUGGAGCAGUUUGGGAAGGAGUGCAGCCCAUUGGAAGGAGCCACGCCGGAGCAGUUUGUGAAAGGCUGUAUUCCUGGGGAACAGAUCCAUGCUGGAGAAAGGGAAGAGCACGAAGAGGAAGGAGCAGCAGAGGCAAAGUGUUCUGAACUGACCCCCAGCCCCGUUCCCCAGCCCUGUGUGCCACUCAGUGGGGAGGACAUAGAGGGAUGGGUAAUGAUGGAGUGAAGUGGAGCCUGGGAAGCAGGUGGGGGUGGUGGCUUAGAUGUGUCUCUUUUAACCAUCCCAAAUCUAUUUGACUUGGCAAUCAAUUAAGUUGUCACCUGGUAUUACUUUGGGGUUUUUUCAGUGCUUGUUCCUGACAGCAAAUGCUGAUGACGUUCCACCAAGCACGGGAUGUGGGGUAGGAUCUGCUGGAGGGGUGGCUGGUGCCACCAGGGCCCUGAGCUGUGGCUGCACAAGUGCUGGCAGGAGGCAGCAGGUGCCAGGGGAGGAGGACUUGGCCAUGGGCAGUGGCUGCUGCCACACUGCCAGGUCCUGUUGCCAAAACCUCUGUGGGCUCAUCACGUUCUGUAACGUGGUUUUUCUCUUGAAACUUUUUUUCUAUCCAAAUAAAAACACUGAUGUUGCCCCCC